GCGGUCCCUUUAAAGGCGCACGGGUCUGGGGCCGCCCCUUCUCUCGGGGCUGGCUCGGGAGGAGUCGCUGCCGCCAGCCGGGCAUGGCCAUGGCGUCCCCGGCCAUCGGGCAGCGCCCUUACCCGCUUCUCUUGGACCCCGAGCCGCCGCGUUUUCUGCAGAGCCUGAGUGGCCCGGAGCCGCCGCCCCCCGGCCGCUCUUCGCGCCGCUGCUUCCCCGCGUCCCUCUCCACUGCGCCAGAGGCGCAAGAGGGGCGCGGCGCCCGCAGGGCUGUCCGGAGGGACCCCGAGUCCCAGACCCGAGCCUCGCGACCCGCUCGCCCUCUCCGACCAGGUCUGCAGCAGAGACUGCGGCGGAGGCCUGGAGCGCCCCGUCCCCGAGACGUGCGGAGCAUCUUCGAGCAGCCGCAGGAUCCCCGCGUCCCGGCUGAGAGAGGCGAGGGACACCGCUUCGCCGAAUUGGCGCUGCGGGGCGGCCCUGGCUGGUGCGACGUGUGCGGACGCGAGGUGCUGCGGCAGGCGCUGCGCUGCGCUAAUUGCAAGUUCACCUGCCACCCCGAGUGCCGUGCCCUCAUCCAGCUGGACUGCAGCAGGCAGGAGGGCCCUGUUCGGGACAGACCCUCCCAGGAGACCAUCUUCACCUCUGCCUUCAGCCAGAAUGUCUGCAAGCCCGCAGAGGAGACACAGCCGCCGCCCCUGCUGGAGAUCAAACAGAAGAUCGACAGCUACAACAGCAGGGAGAAGAACUGUCUGAGCAUGAAGCUGAGCGAAGAUGGUACCUACACAGGUUUCAUCAAAGUACAUUUGAAGCUUCGGAGGCCAGUGACAGUGCCUGCUGGGAUCCGGCCCCAGUCCAUCUAUGAUGCCAUCAAAGAGGUGAACCUGGCGGCCACCACGGACAAACGGACAUCCUUCUACCUGCCACUCGAUGCCAUCAAGCAGCUUCACAUCAGCAGCACCACCACAGUCAGUGAGGUCAUCCAGGGGCUGCUCAAGAAGUUCAUGGUUGUGGACAAUCCCCAGAAGUUUGCACUCUUUAAGCAGAUACGCAAGGAUGGACAAGUGCUCUUCCAGAAGCUGUCUGUUGCCGACUGUCCCCUCUACUUACGCCUGCUUGCGGGGCCUGACACGGAUGUCCUCAGCUUCGUGCUCAAGGAGAAUGAAACUGGAGAGGUGGAGUGGGAUGCCUUCUCCAUCCCUGAGCUCCAGAACUUCCUAACGAUUCUGGAAAAAGAAGAGCAGGAUAAGAUCCAGCAAGUGCAGAGGAAGUACAGCAAGUUCAGACAGAAACUGGAAGAGGCCUUGAGAGAAUCCCAGGGCAAACCUGGGUAACUGGCCUUGCUUCCUUUCUUCCCAGCACCCCUGGAUUUAUUUUUUUUUUAUUAUUAUUAUUAUUAUUUUGGAACAGACACUUUUUCUCAGGACAUCUCUGGCAGGUGCAUCGGUGCCUGCCCACAAACCCCAGAUGUGGCACGAGACUCUUCCAGGGACAAGGGUCUGCGCAGGGGUCAAUUCCUUCCCUCCCCUCAUCCUGUGCCCCUCAAUGGACUCUGUCAACGAUGGAUCAGAACUCGUGUGGAGCCAACAGUGUUGCCCUUGCUCAAUCUGCAAGCCUUUUAAAAGCCAAACAGCUGCCUGUCUGGUCACCAAACUGGACCCAGUGACACCAGUCGGCAGAAGGAAAGAAAAAAUGUCAUGGGAGCUCUGUGUUCUUUCUCUGGCUUUGAUCCUUUUUACAUUCUCUUUAAUUUGCCCCUUGCAGUACCUUUAUUUAUUUACUGUGCAGCAGGUCCGAGCUCAGGCCCUGAAGGCAGGAUAAUGCUCAGGAGAGGAUUGUCCCACCAUCCCAAGGCACCUGCUGAGCUAACCAGAAAUAACCAGUGACUGAGCCCGGAAGCUCAGGGCACCAGAGCUCACGGCGGCUCAGAGGUGUCCAGAGAAGCUGCAGACUUCUCUGGCCCUGAUCACUGAGACAGAGCACACGCGAACCCAGAGGUGUAUGUCUGCGUGCUUGUCAAUAGCUAGUUAGUUUUGUUGCUUGUUUGUGGCUUUUUGUAGUGCUGGGGAUUGAACCCAGGGUCUUCGCACUGUAUCACUAGCCCUUUUUUGUUGUUUUCUUUUGAGACAGUGUCUCACUAACUAAGCUCCCCAGCCUGGGCUAGAAAUGAGGUCCUCCUGCCUCAGCCUCCCAGAGUGCUAGAACAGCUCUUUGAAGUUACAAAUCUAAGACUGAUAUUGUCAUCAUCCCCGUGUGUUUUUGCCAAAAGGGAAUCAGUCAUUGGCCAUUUUAAAAGUUUGCUGAGUCAGAAAAUCAGACAGUAAGAGAAAGCAAAAAGUACUGCAGAGAAACAGCCAAGCUGUCUUCAGCCAUCCCUUAGCUGAGAGCAGAGGGGGGCUGGGCUGCCUUAGUUUCCUCCUUGGCCCUCAGCACUGCUUCCCUCUGCCCGCUGGGACUAUGGGAUCUCCAGGUGCUGCCAAGGAGAGGCCUUGAUUACAGAAGGAGUCCUAUAGCUCGGCCAAAUCAGAGUCCUUUCUGUUGUGAAGCCCGGCUGCCCCAGGCCUGCACUCAGGGAACCUGCAGGCUGGCCUCCCCAUUGACCUCAGUGCCUUUUGUUUUCAGAGAGAAAUAGCAGGGUGUGUUUGCUGGGAGCUCUGCUGCCGCUAGCCCCUGCCGGGAAGUAGGAGACAAGGCAGGGACCUCUGCUCCAUGGUGGAGGGGCAAGGGUGGCACACUGUUCCCAUCUGGGUUCCUGGACUUGACUCAAAGAGGUGAUGUCACACCACACUGGCAGGGAGGACCAGCUUCCUGACUGAGCAUUGGUACUGGCUCCCGUUUAUGUUCAAACUUAAAUUAGCCAGACACUUCCAGGAAGUCACCAGACACUCCAGUGCAGAGGGAAAAGGAACGUCAUUCCAGUCUGGCCUCCCAAGCCCCCCAGGAGUUGGCUGGAGCCCACGCUCCUCCCUGUAGCCUUAGCUGUGCCACUGCAAGUCCCUGAGUGCAUGGUGCCUGACCCCGGAGGACUGCUGACCCCUUAUCAUGCAAACUAUGUUUCAUCUUCAGAGCUACGGGAAGCCAACUGAGCUAGCCACUCUGAUUUUUAAGCCACCCAAACCCUGGUAUCUGCCAUCGCAUGCUCAGACUUGUCCCUUGCCUCCUUAUAGUCUCUCUCCCGGCCAUACAGUAAAGGGACUGGGAGGGAGGGGACAGUCCCCCCCAGCCCUGCACGUCUCUAAGGUGAAGAGAAGGCACGGCUCCUGCUGUACCACCUCGAAUGCUGCUCAGAGCCUCCCUCGAUGGGAUGGCUAGUUUAUUUUUGAGAGGAAAGCAAAUCAUGUACAUAUAUACAUAAAGGCAGAUAGCUAUAUAUGAGAUAAUGGUUCUUAUGAGAAAAUUAUGAGGAAACUCAGACUUUGAGGCGCAGUUACCCCAGGGCCUGUGCUGAGGCCUGUGCCUCUGGAGUGUGUCGAGCUCCCUUCCCUCCUGGAGGCGGCCGUAACUGCUGGUAGUGCCUUUUAUGGUUGCGUUGGUUUUAAGGCUGUUUUUCUUUACAAAUGUCUUUCUUAUUUGGGUUUUAAAAAAAGAAAUAAAAGCUUGUAAAAAUGA